CCCUAUGAGGCGGGGUGAAGCGAGCAGGACGAGGAGGCGGCCGCUAGUGUGAGAGGAAUGGCUCAGCCUCUCACACCAAGUUCCCACCAUCCGGCCCGAAAGCAUUUUCUCCUCCAGGAAGAGCCCUCAGCUUCUCGGAGCCAGGCUUCCCAGUGACGUUGUUCGCAGCACUUCCUGUUUCCGCUCGCGGUCUUCCACGCACCCGCCGGUCUGCUGUUUCUCCCCGGGCUCCUAACUGCUGCUGCUGGUGAAGUGAGCCGGCGGCCGGGCGGAAGCAGCAGGCGGGUCCGGAGGGCAGGAGCAGGUUGAGGUAGGAAGAUCGGUGGUUGAGGAAUUAGAUCCUACCUUUUCCUGCCCUUUGCUUGCAUUCCUCGAGCUACUUCGCUCAAGGUCAAGUCAAUAGUUUAAAGUGAGUUCGCAGAAACCACAUGACAAACCGGGAAAGACAUGACGAUUCAGAAUUAAAAGUGUUGAGAUGUUGGCCGAGGUGGAUCUGAGGAAUUUCUGUCGAUCAUCAUGGGUAUCCGGGGACUAAUGAGCUUUGUGGAAGAUUAUAGUAAUGAAUUCUUCGUUGAUUUGAAAUUGCGGAACACAAAACUUAUCAUUGAUGGCUAUUCUCUCUUCCACCGGCUUUGUUUCAAUUCUGACUUGGAGCUCAGGUAUGGAGGAGACUAUGAUUUAUUCGCAGAUGUUGUACAGAAAUUCUUUGAAUCACUGUUUGCGUGCCAUAUUUGUCCAUAUGUUGUAUUAGAUGGAGGAUGUGACAUUUCAAAUAAAAAGCUGACAACUUUGAAGGAUCGAGCUAAAGAGAAGAUCCAAGCGGCCCGUUCUCUUUCGCUUGGUGGGGGUGGGAACGUGUGCCCCUUACUCAUCCGAGAAGUGUUCAUACAGGUUUUGAUCAGGCUUGAGGUAUGUUUCGUGCAGAGCUUUUCAGAAGCAGAUCGGGACAUUGUGACACUUGCCAAUCAUUGGAAUUGUCCUGUGCUGUCAUCAGAUAGUGACUUCUGCAUUUUUGACUUGAGAAGUGGGUUUUGCUCACUGAAUAGCUUCCAGUGGAGAAAUCUGAACACUAUUAAGGAUACACAAGAUUACUACAUUCCCGCCAGAAGCUUUUCCCUCGAUGCAUUCUGCCAUUACUUCAACAACAUGAACAAAGCUCUACUACCUCUCUUUGCGGUGCUGUGUGGAAAUGACCAUGUUAACCUGCCCAUCAUGGACACAUUCAUAAGUAAAGUACGUCUACCCCUUAGUUCUAAGGGGCGGAGAUAUCACCGAGUCCUAGGACUUCUGAACUGGUUGUCUCGUUUUGAUGACCCCACUGAAGCACUAGAUAACGUUCUGAAGUCUCUCCCCAAAAAGAAUCGAGAAAAUGUUAAGGAACUUCUCUGCUGCUCCAUGGAGGAGUACCAGCAGUCCCAGGUGAAGCUGCAGGACUUCUUCCAGUAUGGUAGUCAUGUCUGUACGGACGCUUCGGAUCUGGGUUUACCAGAGUGGGUACUAGGAGCUCUGGCCAAAGGCCAGCUACCACCUUUCAUCAGUGAUGCUUUGGUGCUCCGAAGGACCUUUCUUCACACACAGGUAGAAAACAUGCAGCAACCAAAUGCUCACAGAAUAUCUCAGCCCAUCCGCCAAAUCAUCUAUGGACUCCUUUUGAAUGCCCCAUCACACGUAGAAGAUAUAUCCCAGAAUACAUUGCCUUCCCAGCUUCUGGCUUUCAAUGAAGUGGAAAGAAUUGAUACAAAUAUCAAAACAUCAACUGUUUAUGCAAAGCAACUACUUAAGGAUCAUUGCGACUUGAGCAAAUUGGCUGAGCUCCCCUUGGCUAGGCGGCAGAUGCUUCUCUUAGAAGCCCUGAAGGUCAAACAGGUUGUCCUGGAGUCCAUCCCUACUCUUCUGAAGUUGCCCAUUGCUGUGACUUGUUACUGGUUGCAGUCCACAGAAGCCAAGGCAAAGCUCCAUCAUCUGCAGGCCCUACUGCUGGGGAUGCUGAGGGAACCCUUCCAUGCUAUCGUCAACAGCCCUGGUAAUGAAGAUCCACAGAGAGGUGGUGCCAAGAUGUUGUAUGAAGAAUUACUCCAGGUGAAGGCACCCAUCGGGCGGGGUCCAAGAGUGGAUUUAGACACAGCGCAUGUCUUCUGUCAGUGGCAGUCCUGUCUCCAGAUGGGGUUAUAUCUCAACCAGCUGCUGUCCACUCCUCUGCCAGAGCCAAACCUAACUUGGUUGUACAACGGAAGCCUGGUCCACGGACUCUGCCAGCAACUGCUAGGAUCUAGUUCUGUAGAAAGCCUCCUGAGUCUAUGUCCUGAGGCAAAGCAACUUUAUGAACAUCUGUUCAAUGCCACAAAAUCAUAUGCCCCAGCUGAAUUGUUCUUACCAAAAACUAAAUCAAAAUCAAAAAAAAGGAGGCAGAAGAAAAAGGUUGCCAGCCUGGGAACCACUGCAGAUGCCAAGCACUGGUAUGACAGAAGCAACCGGUUUGGUCUGUUAAUGCCUGAAAGCUUGGAGGAGCAUGUAGAGAACUCAGACCUUGACUAAACAGUCUGUAGUACACAAGAUUUACAGUUCUAACUUGUAAAAUGUCUCUUACCUCACUUGAAGCUAAUUUUUCUUUAGGACUAAAGUUUAAGAGAUCAUCUUAAUACUAAGAUAUUUGUACAAUACUUUUAAUACAGCCUACUUUAAGAAAUGUCUGUAUUUAUUUAUAUGUGUGUUGGGGUGGAGAGCCAUGGUACUUGUGUGGAAGUCAGAGAGUACCUUGUGAGAGUUGGUUCUGACUCCAUCAUGUGGGCUCCAGGGUCACCCUCAGGUUGUCAGGCUUAGAAGCGCCUCACGGGCUCUGAGUCAUCUGUAGUUCUUCAGUGUGCUUUCACUCCUCAUGGUCCUUUUCAGCAAAGAGUAACACCUUAUAACCUUAAUGUUGCAUAUACUCAUAAUUUUCAUAAAAUCCAGUAGUAAUCAUUUUAUUUUAAAA